AUCGAAAAUGGGGGCUAGGGAUUCUUCUGAUUGAAUGGGUGUCUGGCGCUUGAAUAUCAAACUUUGUACCGACCAAUGAUGCAUCAUGCUGGCCAGUUUGAAUUUUGCAAAAGUUUGGAAAGGGUGGGGACUCUUGGCAUUGCUGCUGCUAUGACCUCCUUCUCUACCAUUAUUACUACACGAUAGUGCUGCCUCUCCUCUUUUGCUUUGGGUUGAUAGAAUGAAACUUGGAGCAAGUUCAGGAUGGAAAAUCAGUGUUUAUAAAGUUUUAACCUGCAGAAUCCUUAGUUCUGGCCAUUAGUACACCAUGAAAAAGGCCGCUUUCCAUUAUUAGUGAUGGACAUACAAGAUUGUACAGAGUUAAAUGAAAUCCCGCAGAUGCUUCCGCCUCCACCUGGAAGCUUUAUAGAUCGUGAAGAACUUAUCCAACAUGUUGGGGACUUUGCCUUAUCCCAGGGCUAUGUAGUUACCAUUAAGCAGUCCAAGAAGGACAAAGUGGUAGUGCUUGGUUGUGACAGAGGGGGUGUUUACCGUAACAGGCGUAAACUUGUUGAUGAAAGUUCUGCUGAACAGGUGCGCAAAAGAAAAACAGGUUCACGUCUUACAAAUUGCCCUUUUGAAGUCGUGGGUAAAAAGGAAGAUGGCUUGUGGGUACUUGCCAUUAAAAAUGGAGAACAUAACCAUGAUCCCAUCAGGGACAUUUCAGAACACCCUUCAUCUCGUCGCUUCACUGAGAGAGAAGUAUUGCUUAUUAAAGAUAUGACUGAAGCUGGUUUAAAACCGCGCCAAAUUUUAAAGAGACUGAGACAAAACAAUCCGGAGCUUUUAUCAACACCAAAGCAUGUUUACAAUGUUAAAGCUAAGCUCCGACAAGGAAAUUUAACAGUGAGGAACUUCAAGUCAUUGAGAGUUAAAUCAUCUGUGGAAAAUUCUCAUAUUUCAACAGCUAAUGAGCCAUCUUGGAGGCAACGCAAUCCUCCAAGGGUUCCCAAUCUCAUUGGAGGUAGAUUUGUUGAUUCACAGUCAUUUGCAUCCAUUGAUGUUACAAAUCCUGCAACACAGAAAGUUGUUUCUCAAGUCCCUUUAACCACCAAUGAAGAAUUCAGAGCUGCAAUAUUUGCUGCAAAACGAGCUUUUCCUUCAUGGCGAGACACACCAGUUACCACCCGUCAACGUAUCAUGUUCAAAUUCCAAGAACUCAUUCGGAGAGAUAUUGAUAAGAUUGCUAUGAAUAUUACUACUGAACAUGGAAAGACAUUGAAGGAUGCUUACACUGAUGUACACCGUGGACUUGAGGUGGUGGAACAUGCUUGUGGAAUGGCGACUCUACAAAUGGGGGAAUUUGUUUCAAAUGUAUCAAAUGGAAUUGAUACCUAUAGCAUUAGAGAGCCACUUGGUGUCUGUGCAGGGAUUUGUCCAUUCGAUUUUCCAGCAAUGAUUCCCUUAUGGAUGUUUCCAAUUGCAGUUACUUGUGGCAAUACGUUCAUUCUAAAGCCAUCAGAGAAGGAUCCAGGGGCUACUAUUAUACUUGCAGAGUUAGCAAUGGAGGCUGGCUUGCCUAAUGGUGUCUUAAACAUUGUUCAUGGCACUGUUGACAUUAUUAAUGCCAUUUGUGAUGAUGAUGAUAUUAAAGCUAUAUCAUUUGUUGGUUCAAACACAGAUGGCAUGUACAUAUAUGCAAGGGCAUCAGCUAAAGGGAAACGUGUGCAGUCUAAUAUAGGAGCCAAGAAUCAUGCAAUUGUCAUGCCUGAUGCCAGCAAGGAUGCUACCUUGAAUGCACUAGUUUCUGCUGGUUUUGGUGCUGCAGGACAAAGAUGCAUGGUGCUCAGCACGGUAGUCUUUGUUGGAGGCUCAAAAUCAUGGGAAGAUAAACUAGUGGAGUGUGCCAAGGCUCUUAAAGUAAAUGCUGGAAUAGAACCUGAUGCAGACCUUGGUCCAGUGAUUAGCAAACAGGUGAAGGAACGAAUAUGCAGAUUGAUCCAAGCUGGAGUGGACAGUGGUGCCAGACUCGUGCUUGACGGAAGAAAUAUUGAGGUUCCUGGAUAUGAGCAUGGCAACUUUAUUGGUCCUACCAUCUUAUCUGAUGUGACAGCCAACAUGUUGUGUUACAAGGAGGAAAUAUUUGGUCCAGUUCUUCUCUGCAUGCAGGCUGACAACUUACAAGAAGCCAUAAGCAUUGUCAAUAAAAACAAAUAUGGCAUUGGGGCUUCUAUAUUCACCACAUCUGGUGUAGCUGCGAGGAAAUUUCAGACUGAGAUUGAAGCUGGGGAGGUGGGCAUAAAUGUGCCAGUUCCAGACCCACUGCCGUUUUUCUCAUUUACUGGCUCCAAGGCAUCUUUUGCUGGGGAUCUCAAUUUCUUUGGAAAGGCUGGAGUUCAUUUUUACACCCAAAUCAAAACAGUGACGCAACAAUGGAAAGAUUUACCUAGUGACAGUGGAGUAUCCCUGAUAAUGCCAACUUGUGAGGGGUCAUAAAGGCAGAAGACAACUUGUCAUUUCUUAUUCGGAACUCAGCCAAACCAAGUAAAUCCCUUCACUGGCUAUGAGGUCGUCUUCUCUUCACAUUUCACUGUUUAUACCCUCCUUUUUUAUUUAUAUAUAUAAAUUUUUUUCCUUUUCUUCUCUCUGUGGCCUAGAGGGAAAUUUUGUUCUUCCCUUCUUCCUUUUCUUUUUCUUCUCUCUCUUUUGGGUUGGAUGGGGUGGACAGUUGGACGUCUUCAGUACUUGACGGUUGUAGCCAAAAUAGAUGAGGAACUAAUGACUGGGCUUGAUUUAAUGGAUCUGUUCUGCUUAGAAAGAGGAAUCUUAAUUAUGUAAAAUUUUCUUUGCCUGGAAAAUGUUUCAGGGCUUCAACUAGUUCAUCCAGUUAAAUAUUGAAUGAACCACUAGAAUAAAUUUGGGUAUGCAGUUCUUUACCCUUUUUGUCA